CACCUUCUAUUCAAGAAGAUUUGGAAAAAGUGCAGAUGGACUAGAAAGAAGGACAACUCAUAAAGACACCAAAUAAAGGAGAUCUGAGUAAAUGUGGAGUCUACAGCGACAUUACACUACUGUCAGUACCAGGCCAAGCUUUCAACGUAGUGCUGCUGAGCCGGAUGAAAGACACAGAUAACCUGGACCUUCUAUCCCAUACACACAAACAAAUGCAAGGGAAAACAACUAGUGUAGCAGCAGCCUCUGCAUCAGAAGACCUCAACAUACACAAGGGGAAAUGCAAGAUCCCUAAAUACAACACGACGAACACCAACCCAAUCACACCUGAUGGAGAAAUUUUGCAAGAAGUUGAAACUUUCACGUAUCUGGUCAGCAUCAUCGACGAACGUGGAGAAUUGGACGCAGACGUAAAGGCGAGGAUUGGCAAAGCAAGGGCCGCAUUCCUACAAUUGAAGAACAUAUGUAACUCAAAACAACUUUCAAUCAAUAUCAAAGUAAGGAUCUUCAAUACCAACGUCAAGGCAGUUCUACUGUACGGAGCUGAAACUUGGAGAACUACAACUACUACCAUCAAGAAGGUAAAAGUAUUUAUAAAUGGUUGUCCACGCAAGAUACUCAGCAUCCAUUGGCCGGAUACCAUCAGCAACAACAUUCUGUGGGUGAGGACAAACCAGCAUCCAACUGAAGAGGAAAUUAGGAAAAGACUUUGGAGGUUGAUACGGCAUACAUUGCGGAAAUCACCAAACUCCAUCACAAGGCAAGCACUAACUUGAAAUCCU